GGCGCGGCGUCCACCAUGCAACGGCUGCUGAGCCUUCGACUCCGCCUGCUUUUGCAGCCGCCGGCGCUGCUCCUGCUGCUGGUGGCCGCCUUGGGGCCGCCUGGAUCGGCGGGGCUGGAGCCCAUCAGCACCACCAUCGCCAUCGGGGCGGCCUCGGCGCUGACCGGUUACCUCUCCUCGCCACGCUUCUACUGCGCCUUCGUGGAGUGCUGCCCCGGCGAGGAGGAGCGGCCCAACGGCACCGCGCUCCGGCUGAAUCUGGACAAUAAGCUUUUCGGACAGCACCUGGCGAAGGACGUGAUCCUGAAGGCAGUGACUGGCUUCGUCAACAACCCAAACCCUAAGAAGCCCCUGGCGCUCUCCCUGCAUGGUUGGGCAGGGACAGGCAAAAAUUUUGUCAGCCAGAUUGUUGCCGAAAACAUCCACAAGGCUGGGCUGAAGAGCAAAUAUGUCCACCUUUUCCUUUCUACACUGCAUUUCCCCCACGACCACCAGAUUGCACUGUAUAAGGAGCAAUUGCAGAAGUGGAUCCGGGGUAACGUCAGUGCCUGCGCCAAGUCGGUAUUCAUAUUUGAUGAAAUGGACAAGCUUCACCCAGGACUCAUAGAUGCCAUCAAGCCUUUUCUCGACUACUACGAGCAGAUUGACGGUGUCUCCUACAGGAGGGCAAUCUUCAUUUUUCUCAGUAAUGCUGGGGGAGACCUCAUCACCAGAGUGACCUUAGACUUCUGGCGCAAUGGGCAGGACAGGGAGGAGAUCCAGCUGAAGGACCUGGAGCCUGUGUUAUCCGUGGGCGUCUUCAACAACAAGAACAGCGGCCUCUGGCACAGCAGUCUUAUCGACCGGAACCUCAUUGAUUACUUCGUGCCAUUCCUUCCCUUGGAGUACAAGCAUGUGAAAAUGUGUAUCCGGGCAGAGAUAGUCUCCCGCGGCAACCCUGUUGACGAGUCAGUGGUCCAGAAGGUGGCCAAUGAGAUGACUUUCUUCCCAAAGGACGAACGGAUCUACUCCAACAAGGGGUGCAAGACUGUACAGACCAAGUUGGACUUGGUGGAUAUUUGAUUUUUUUUUAAUGCCAUUAAACCAGAAGGAGGAGGGUGGUGAA